CGAAUCUUGUUUCCUUCCUCAUAAAUGGAAAUUGAGUUCAGCCAGUCCUGCCUCUGACUUUUGAAUAUGCCGACUCGUUGUGAAAUCGUCUGCGAAAUACUCAUCGCCGUCUUGCUCCCUCCUCUUGGGGUUUGCCUCCGGCAUGGCUGCUGCAGCGUUGAAUUCCUCAUCUGCUUGAUCCUGACCCUGCUAGGCUAUAUUCCAGGAAUAAUUUAUGCCCUCUAUGCAAUUGUUUUUGUCGAUCGGGAGCAGUACUUUGACGAAUAUAGGCGUCCUCUGUAUUAUGCAUAGCACCUCUGCUGCUUCUCUGUUGCUUUCAUCUUUAUUGUCCACACUGUAAUGUCAUGUACCAAUCUUUUAUCUUAAGAACACGAUGAACAUCCGUUCUAUACUUUCAUUAAGACCCAAAUCAGUCAAUUUAUGUCUAACUUUCAAGUAUGAUAGACGUGAUUUAUCUGAUAUCUCUGAUGCUGGGACGUUCAUCCCAUAGUAUCUAAGUACAGUUUUCUCCUUAAGUGAUAUUGAUUGUGUUGUUGUGAUCGACUUGGGAAGCUGGUUUAUAACUUAAAUGAAUUUACAUGCUUUGCUUAAA